AUGGCGGCGAAACCGAUUGGGAGUCCGAUUCCGGUGGCGAUGUACCCGACUUUGUCGCUGUUCACUCUAGCGAUUGGUCUCGUCAUCACCGCUUUCUUCUUCAUCUAUGAAGCUACAUCAUCCAGGAAAAACCGUAGCCUCGGGAAGGAGCUUGCGACUGCAGCAGUAGCAUCUGUUUUCUUGGGGUUUGGAUCGUUGUUUUUGCUACUUGCUAGUGGUGUUUAUGUCUGA